AUUUACCGAACCAGUUUUGAUAUUAGCGCUGUUGAGCCUCCUUUGCAGAGCUCAAAACUCCAAAACUCUAUCGAAAGACCACCGCAGAAGUAGUGUAUAAGUUUUGGCUGGGUUGUGAGUGCCAUGAGCAGGAUCAUGGGUGCGGCCUCUGUUUCGGGUCCGCGGAUUUCGCACACUCUUCCUGCGUUGCGCCUAGAAUUCACACUAGCGCAUCACUGAAGCGAGAAAAUCAUGUCAUUCUACGACCUCCCUGCUUGGAAAACCAGUAGCUUUAACGGCUUCAAGCACAAGUAUCUUUACAUACGUUCAUCAGACUCGUCCAAACCUGUUAUCUUGUUUCUGCAUGGAUUCCCCGACGGACCACUGGGAUUCUCCGCAACCAUCCCGUACUUCAUUCAUGCAGGCUAUGGCGUACUGGCCCCUGAAUUGCUUGGAUAUGGAGAUACGAGUAAACCCGAAGAGAUCCAAGCCUAUGCCUCUAAGAAUAUCUGCUAUAUCCUCGGUGCACUACUCAAGCACGAGAAUAUUGAAGAGAAGAUUAUCGUCCUCGGACACGAUUUCGGAUCCUCCUUGGCUGCACGCUUUGUUCAAUUUUAUCCCGAUCUUGCCAAGGGUUUAAUUCUGGCGAGCGCGGGCUAUAGCCCACCCGGAAAACCCUUCGAUCCAGAUGUUAUAAAUGCGGUGCUAUCUCCAAUUACCGGUUAUGAGAAUGUUGGAUAUAUCAAGUUCAUGUCUCGCCCUGAUGCCGCCCAGAUCAUAGAAGAUCAUUUUGCCGCCUUCGUUGCUCUCGGGUAUGCGGAGUCACAAGUUUGGAAGGAGAGACUUUGUCCUACCGGUGCGAUGGAAAAGACGCUGAAAGAGGAUUAUAUCUGUCCUAUGGCAUCAUGGGUUACAGAUGAUUGGAAGCGCGACAUCGCCGGUUUUAUUCUCCACACAGGACUCGAAGCGCCCGCCAGGUGGUAUCAAGCAUUGGUUCAGGGCGUUCACAUUCCGGGUGAAGAAGGCCUUAAUCCCAACAUCGGUAUCCCUACAUUAUUCCUCCAAACGACUGAGGACGCUGUCAUGACUGGGUUAUUUACGCCUGAGGGGCAGGCGCCAUACUUCAGCGAUUUCACUUCGAAGCCAUUCAAGACGGGACACUGGAUCUUUGCCGAGGAUCCAAAGGGUAGCGCGACCGCCAUUUUGGACUGGUUCAAAGAGAAGAACUUCUAACGAAGAGCCAUUCGGUGUUAGGACUGUUACUGAUCUAAAUAUGUUGAUUUUGUAUCUUUUUGUGUCGUAUGGCGCGAUUUUGCC